AUGCUUCCGCCGGGAGGCCCCGCGGUGACGGCCACCCCGGAGGUUAGGAGUCAUGGGAUGAAGUUUGCUGAGCAGCAGCUGCUAAAGCAUGGAUGGACUCCAGGCAAAGGCCUGGGCCGGAAGGAGAAUGGCAUCACCCAGGCCCUCAGGGUGACGCUAAAGCAGGACACUCACGGGGUGGGACACGACCCUGGCAAGGAGUUCACAAACCACUGGUGGAAUGAGCUCUUCAACCAAACGGCAGCCAACUUGGUAGUGGAAACUAAGCAGGAUGGAGUACAGAUAAGGCGCCUUUCUAAGGAGACCACCCGCCAUAAUCGCCCCAAGCCCAACAUGCUGUAUCAGAAGUUUGUGAAGACUGCCACACUGACCUCAGAUGGGGAGAAGCCAGACAAGGACGUGGAAAGCUGCAGUGAGGAUGACAACCAGGACCCCCAGCCUCCAAAAAUUCUGACUGAUGAGAUGCUGCUCCAAGCCUGCGAGGGUCGAACAGCGCACAAGGCUGCCCGUCACGGAAUUACGAUGAAGGCUAAGCUUGCUCGUUUGGAGGCCCAGGAACAGGCCUUCCUGGCUCGGCUCAAAGGCCAGGACCCUGGAACCCCUCAACUGAAGACUGAGAGCAAAGCCCUCAAAAUAAAGAAAAAGAAACAGAAAGAGGAAGAAGGGGCUACAGCAACUGAAAGGAAAGCAGACAAGGAGUAUCCAGAAUACACUGACCAGAGCAUCAGGAAAAGCAAGAAGAAAAGACAACUUCAAGAUAAGAAAGCGGGGACACCUGUAGAGGAGGAAGAGGUCGCAGAAACAAAAGGGCUUGGGGAACUAAAGAGCAGAGAACAAACUGACUCAUCCCCCAGGAAAAGGAAGAAAAAGAAGAGGCAGCGCCAUGAAGAGGAGACGCGGGGGGUCUUAGGUAAGGGAGGAGGCAAGGAGGAUGGAGGUGGCAUCAGAACAGGGAAGGUAGAGAGCCGAACACACACUGACUCACGUAGCAGAAGCAAGAGGCAGCCGUGCGAGGAGGAGGGAGACCUGGACACAGAGGAUGAGGGAGUCGGGGAAGCUGCUGCGGAUGGUGGGACCAGGGAAGCAGAGAGCAGAGCGUGCGGCGGUAA